AGCAGCAGCUAUAUACCUGGCUGCGCUGGUGGCUGCAGCAGGACAUUCAGCCACUCGGCUCCGUACCAGACGCACCUACCAAAACCUCCAUUUUUCCCUUUUUUUUCUCUCUCCUUCUUCGGUUCGGUAGUGGCAGUCCGGCCAUCCGUUUCCCCUCCUUUUUCUCUCCAAACACGGCCAUCAGUUGAAUUUGCUAUUCACCCCCCCCCCCCUCCCCACUCCCGUUCACUUCUUGUCAUUUCAUUUCCAUUUCCGACCGGAAUUCCUCGUUUUUCUUCUUCUUUUGAAAGGAAAGGCCAUCGACUCGAUCCGAAUUGAUUGAAAUCCAAUUUCUCAGGAUGUCUCCGAAACUAGAUCCCACCGGCCUUUACUAACGAGCCACAUCUCUCGUCCCGCCAAUUUUUCAAAAAAAGAAAAAGAGAGCUACUUCCUUUUUUGGACUUGCAAUCCAUUCCCCCCCUCUACACACAAACACAAACACACAAACAGAAUUACACGAUGGCGAAUACAAUGGUCCAGCAAUCCAGCAAUGUCCCACUCGACCCAACCGGCCUCUACUAAUCCGUGUCGCACUCGAAGAGCCGAGAAGAUCGAGAGAAUGCGGAACGCUUCCAUCGUGCGGAAGCCAUCCGGCCGAAGCAGCCGGCGGAUCAGGCUGCUGCUGCCAUCAUCAUCGCUGCUGGCCGUCGUCUUGUUGGGAACCUUUCUUGGACUGUGCUGCGAUGUGACGGUGCUGGCUGCUGCUGCUGCUGGCGACGGUUACUCGAUUCCGGCUGACGCCAUCCGAAUCGAAGCGGAGGAGCUGACGGCCGCCCAGCUGACUCGACAUCUGGCUGGAUUGAUCGGAAACGACAGCAGCGCCAACCGUUUGGACGGGCGCCCAACCAUUGACGAGCGAGUCAAUGGCAAGGACUCGGAAGACUUGGAGGAACGUGGUGAACUUGAAGAACAAGAAGAACGAGUCGGCAACCAGCGUGAAGCAGCAGCAGACGACGACGGCGACGACGGCCGUCAUCAUCUUCCCACGGCUCUGGCCCGGCUCAAUGCUCUUCUACGGGCGGCCGAGGAGCGCAAGGAAAAACUCGAGUCAAAUGCCGCCGUGUCUCGUCUACUCUCCAUCAACCGCGGAGGAUUCUUCCGUGGAUUGCUGGUCGUGUGGGUGCCGGUCAGCUUCCUGUUGCCCACGCUCGCCCAUCGUCCUCCGACUUACUACCGAGGUCGGGCCAGUCGCGAAAGGCACCACCCAGCAUUGGAAAGGGACGACAACAACAUCAUCGACGUUCAUGACGGGUCACCCGCCGACAGCAGACCCGCCAAAUCCGCCGGCCGCUACAACGCUCAGUCGUCCGACUACAAGUUCGAGUCGCACUACGGGCCGCUGCUGUCGCGGCUGGAGGCUUACUUCACUCUCAUGAAGAUCGACAACCUCGACUGCCGCUGGAAGCUCACCUGCUACGCCAGCCAGCAGCCGGAUGCCUAUCAGCCGCUGUCCAAUUUGUUGCGGCGCCUUUUCGAGCGGAGCAGCAAACCGGAAGCGGCCAAAGCCAAGCAAGACUAUCAUCCGGCGCUCAAGAGAUUCUUCACCUACGUCUGGGCCGACAAGAAGGGCUCGCGCUUCAAAUCGGCCCAGCAGUGCGACGCCGAGUACAAACUCUGCCCGGCUCCCGUCCACCGACUCAUCCGGAUGGACAUGAUUCGCUUCUGGCAGAAAUUGUCGAAACGCUUCGCCAUUCAGCUGCAGGACGAGUGAUGAGGACGGCGACCAGCAGCAAUUUGUUUUUUUCCAUCCCACCAGCCCAUUCACCGCAUCAACAGUUCAACACAUAUCCACGCCGCCUUAAUUUUCUUUUCCCAUCCAUUUUCUCCCAUUUCUAUUCGUAACGCCUUCUUGAGAUUACUUUUGAUAAUUUUAUUUAGCGAUUUAAUGGCUUCUAAACGUGAUAAUACUAGGUGAGGACGAUUUAUUUUGGGCAGGAGAAUUUUUUUUUGUUUGGAAAGUAGUAGAUAUUUUUUUAAAAUUAUUAUUAUUUUUCUUUUAAAGAAGUGGGAAAGAUAGCGACAUCUAGCGAAUACGGAUGUCGUCGUACAUGUGAAUAGAAUCUAUUUCCGGGAGUGGUCGAAAGCAUCCGCAAAGGAUUGCUCCCUCCCAAAAAUAAUUAUAAAUCGAGCGAAAGAAAUAAAGAGAAAAAGAAAAAAAAGAAGGGGAAGAAAAAUAGGAAAACGCUAAAAAAUUAAUAAAAGAAAAUAUUGAUUCAAAUAAUAAUAAAAUAAAAAAACACAUUAAAAAAACGAAAAAAAAAAAUCAAGCACAAAGAAAGAGAGAAAUUAUUAUUUUUCUAUUUAUAUUUAAAUUUAAAUGAAGAUCAGGGUUAGUAAUUUGACGAUUGCGUCCAUGCCAAGAUUCCUAAAAAAAAAAAUGCAUGUAUAAAUUGUAGCGCUCUCAUUUAUUCACCAGCCGCAUUUCUGACUGAAGCAGCAUGGAGAUUAUAUAACGUUGUACGAAAGAGACGACUAAAAUAAAAUAAAAAACAGCCACAAGAGACGUAUACCCAUGUAUCAUGUAGCCCUGAAACCUGUUGGGUAACAGCAAAAACAAAAAAUAUAUGCAAAUCGAUAUCGCGAUACACAAAUCUGA